GAAGCUUUCAAGACUUCGAACUGACGAGCAGUGGCGCUCCUUCCCUCGUCAACGGCUUUGUCUUCUUCCUUUGCUCUCCUUCCCUCCCCCUUCUUCCCCAACCUCCCCUCCCCGUUCUGAAUUCCCAUCUCCUUCUUGCGUUUGCUUGUAUAUAUCACACACCAAACACCCUUCGGAGGCUGCGAGGUCGGAAGAAAGAGGAGCCACCUUUGACUCCUCUCUCUAGUGGUUUUUGUGGGGAUUUCGGGUGUUGCGAGAGAAUUAAUUAGUGGAUUUGUAUUCUUGGAGAGGCUGCUAGUUCUUGGAGAGUUUUUCCUUUUCUUGUCCUGAGAGAGAUUCAUGCCCAGGAGUUCACCCUGAGGAGCUGGUAUUGUUCUUUCUUCUGUCUGAGGGUUAGCGUGAGAGGAUCCACCUUUGAGUUGACCGACCAGAAUUCUUGAAAGAAAUUUUGUUGGUUUUCGCGUGGAUCGGUCGUUAGGUUCGUUGAUGUUUGCUCAGUUCUACUAGCUGGAAGGGCGGCUGGGGCACCUUGUGUGGAGAGAAUUUUGGUGCUUCUCUCAAGAACCGUGGGGACAAAUUAGCCCCCUCGUUUCUUGAUUUCUUGUGGGGGAUUCGAUUUGCUUGUUUCCUCCAGGGUGCUGCCUUCAGUCAUUCUUAUUUUCUUGAUAGAUUGGAUAGUUUAUCCUCUGUAAAAGAAAACCACAAGCUUUGACUUUCAAUCAUUCUUGGGAGUUGGGACUGGGAAGGUUUGGAUUGGAAGGGGAUAUCUAUUGGUCCUCCGUUGUGGUGAACUCGAUCUAGAUUUCUUCUGUUGCCUCAAUUUCUUUUGGCACUCCCUGUGCUUUCUUGCGGAGGAGUGUGGCCUGUUUUCCCAAGAAUUUGAGAGAAAGGAGGGGACCCAGCAUUUUCUAAGAGGCCAAUGGCGCAACCACGCAUUCCUGCAUUUGGGGACUGGGAGAACAGCGAGGACGUCCCUUACACCCAGAAGUUCGAGGGUGCACGGAAGAACAAAAAAACAGGUGUUUACUCCAAUCCAAACGAGCCAGGACAUCAGCAGCCCGACCCCCCUCGCAGGUCACCGCUGAACCCAUCAGCAUAUACACCUGAGCCCCGAGAACAGGCUCCAAGGACUCCACUCCAUGGAAGAAGGCCUGGAGCCGACCCCCAUCACCGUGAACCCGUGCCACGACGGAACGCAAAUCCUCCGCGGGAGCAAGGGGGCAACGGUGGCAGCACUCCCAGAAGCCCUUACAGAAAUGCUGCAGGGUCUGCUUCACCGAUGCAGUCAAACAGUUCAGCAAAGCCGAGGAACAGGGCAGCUGGAAUGCACACUCCAGAGAGGAGGCCUUCGUCCGAAGCACAGGGCCAGCACACUCCUGGAAGGGGCAGAACGAGGCAGAGCAACCAAAGCUACAAUCCUGACGAUGAAGUGGCUGUUCCACCAUUUGGUGAGUGGGAUGAGGCGAACGCGGCAUCAGGCGAAAAGUAUACGGGUAUCUUCAACAGGGUGAGGGAUGAUAAACUAUCGCCCGACUCUUCUGCCAGGCAGCAGUCAUCUGGCAAUCGCAAAGACGAAAAUAAGGUGCAACAGACAUGUCCUUGCUGCAUACUUUGACAAAAUGGGGAUACGGUCACAGAGAGUUCUGAUAAACUUCCUGGGUUACUUGUGGAACAAAUAGUCGUUCUUGUGAAGAAUUUGUCACCAAACUAUAUAUUCUGUAUACUUUUCAAUGCUUAUUAGUCAUUACUAUUGGUGUGAGUGUGUACCUAUGAUUGCAUUGUUCUACAAUUUAUGUUCUAUGCUUAUUUGGAACAUAUAUGUGAUGCCAUUGAGAUGCGUGCAUUGUGAAGUA